CCACCUGUCAUCGGGCACCACCACCACUAAACUCGUCGCAGGAAGGAAGGAGUCUCUCCCUCCCUCGCAUCGUCCGCCCCACCACCAUCGCCGCCGCACCCGCCGCGCCGCCGCCGCCUCCGCCUCGGAAACCCUAGCCCCGAUGGCCACCUCCGCCGCCACCAGCUCGUUCCCCUCCUACCUCUUCCCUGCCCCCGCCCCCCGCCGCAGCGGGGCCCGCCCGGCCCGGGCGGCGGCGGCGGAGGGGGUGAUGGACGUGGUGUCGGAGGCGGAGCUCAGGGAGAAGGGGUUCAUGGGCAUGCGGAAGACGAAGCUCGUGUGCACGGUGGGCCCGGCGUGCGUGGACGCGCUGCCGGCGCUGGCGCGCGGCGGGAUGGGCGUGGCGCGGGUCAACCUCUGCCACGGGGGCCGCGACUGGCACCGCGCCGCCAUGCGCGAGGUGCGGAGGCUCAACGACGAGGAGGGAUUCUGCGUCUCCCUCAUGGUCGACACCGAGGGCUCCCAGCUCCUCGUCGCCGACCACGGCGGCGCCGCCUCCGUCAAGGCCGAUGAUUGCUCUGAAUGGUUAUUUACCAGUAAAAGGACAAAUAAAGCUCCCCCAUUUACAAUGCACGUGAACUUUGAUAAGUUCUCUGAAGGCAUUCUAGUUGGUGAUGAGCUUGUCAUUGAUGGUGGAAUGGCGACAUUUGAAGUUACAGAGAAGAUCGGGGGUGAUCUGCGCUGUAAGUGCACAGACCCAGGUUUGCUUCUUCCUCGAGCCAAGUUGUCAUUCUGGAGGGACGGAAAAUUAGUUGAAAGGAACUUUGGGCUUCCUACAUUAUCGACAAAGGAUUGGGCUGACAUUGAAUUUGGCAUAACUGAAGGAGUCGAUUGUAUUGCUCUUUCAUUUGUAAAGGAUGCUAAUGACAUUAAGUCCCUGAAAACUUACCUCUCCAGAAGAUCAUUAGACAGACACAUUAAGAUAUUCGCAAAGAUCGAGAGUCUGGAAUCUCUCAAGAACCUUAAAGACAUCAUAGAGGCAUCGGAUGGAGUCAUGGUUGCGCGUGGUGAUCUUGGAGUUCAGGUUCCUCUAGAACAAAUCCCAGCCAUCCAAGAGGCGAUUGUUGAAUUAUGUAGAAACCUGAACAAGCCUGUGAUAGUUGCUUCUCAGCUUCUGGAAUCAAUGGUUGAAUACCCAACACCAACUCGUGCAGAGGUGGCAGAUGUUUCUGAAGCAGUGAGGCAAUACGCAGAUGCUAUAAUGCUGUCAGCUGAGUCUGCUAUAGGUGCAUUUCCUGAGAAAGCUCUAUCUGUCCUACGCGCUGCUAGUGAGAGGAUGGAAUCAUGGAGCCGUGAGGAAAACAUGCAACGACUUCUUCCGCAAUAUCAGCUUGCAAUAGCCCUGCCUGACCGGAUUUCGGAGCAGAUUUGCAUCAGUGCUGUGGAAAUGGCGAACAACCUUGCCGUGGACGCCAUCUUCGUCUACACAAAGCAUGGCCACAUGGCGUCGCUCCUAUCACGCAACCGGCCCAACCCUCCCAUCUUUGCGUUCACCGAUGACGCCAACACGAGAAAGAGCAUGAACCUUUACUGGGGUGUGAUCCCGCUCCAGCUCCCGCUGUCAAAUAACAUGGACGAUAACUUCAAGCAAACCAUCAAGCUCCUCAAGUCCAAGGGUUCAGUGAAACCUGGGGACUCCGUCUUGGUCGUCGCCGACUCGGAUCUGAAUCAGCCUUGUGCUGCUGCCACAUCAUCGGUGUACCAAUCCAUUCAGGUCCGAUUGGUGGACUAGUUAGGCUGUUACUAUACCAAGGUUGCGGCAAAUGUGCCGGAGUGAAGAACAGUUUGUGUAUUUGUGCAUGCAUUACGUGUUUUUGGUGUCCAGUGUGUGAGAUAUAUGAUCAUGUUGAUCUCCAUGAAAACUGUUACUGCCUUA